AUGCCUCAUGCCAAAUCUCUUGGUACCACACCAACACAGAGUAAAAUCUCUAUACAUGGAAAGGCUAAAGGAGCUAUAGAGAUUUUUCAAUUGAUGCAAAGAAGUGGACAAAAGCCUUGUUCUAAUAGCUUUAUUUGUGUAUUAUCUACCUACAGCCAGGCUGGCCUAGCUGAUGAAGGCUGCAAAUUUUUUGAUAGCAUGUGUAAAGAGCAUGGUAUUGAAGCAAGGAUGAAGCAUUAUGCCUACAUGGUGACCCUUCUAGGUCGUGUUGGAAGGCUAGAAGAGGCAUAUAAUAUGAUUGAGCGAAUGUCUUUCAAGCCAAACGCUUGUGUUUGGGGAGCUUUGCUUAGUUCUUGUAAAGUUCACGGGACUAUGGAUGCAACGAAAAAACUCUUUAACGAGAUGGGUUGUUUAAGGGUGGAGCCCGAUGUGUUUACUUGGAAUGAUAUGAUUGCACGGUUUAAUCAAAGCGGACAUUAUGAAGAGGCAGUUCUUUUGUUUCAAAGGAUGCAUUUUGAAGGAUUUACACCUGAAGAGCAUAGUGUUUCUAGUGUUCUUUCCGCUGUGGGCGACUUGGAGAAUCCUAAGCUUGGGAUUCAGAUUCAUGGUUUUGUGAUUAAGGACGUGUUAUCGGAGGACAACUGGGUCAGUACUUCACUUAUUGAUAUGUACGAAAAGUGUGCGUGUACAUGGAAUAUGUCCAAAGUGCUUCAUGAGAUGGAAUUUUUGGAUGUAGUUGUUUGCAAUGCUUUUCUUACGGGUCUCUGUAGGAAUGGUCUUGUUGACAAUGCAUUGGAGGUCUUUAGGCAAUUCCAGAGCCAAGGAGCGGAAUUAGAUGUUGUGUCUUGGACGUCAAUGAUUGCUGGUUUCUCACAAAAUGGGAAAGGUAUUGAGGCAUUGGAACCUUUUAGAGAGAUGCAAACAGCGGGGAUGCAGCCAAACAAUGUUACAAUACCUUGCUUGCUAUCAGCCUGUGGAAGUAUUGCAGCAUUGAUGCUCGGGAAGGUGGCUCAUUGUUUUUCUAUCAGAAGAGGGAUAUCUGAUGCUAUUUCCGUGUCUGGGGCACUAAUUGACAUGUAUGCAAAGUGUGGAAGGAUUCAAAUGUCUCGACUUUGUUUUGAUAUGAUGUCAUCCAAAAACUUGGUUUGUUAUAACGCUAUAAUGGGUGGAUAUGCUAUGCAUGGAGAGGCUAAAGAAGCUAUAGAGAUUUUUCAUUUGAUGCAAAGAAGUGGACAAAAGCCUUGUUUUGUUAGCUUCAUUUGUGUAUUAUCUGUCUACAACCAAGCUGGCCUAGCUGAUGAAGGCUGCAAAUUUUUUAAUAGCAUGUGUAAAGAGCAUGGGAUUGAAGCAAGGAUGGAGCAUUAUGGUUGCAUGGCAACCCUUCUAGGUCGUGCUGAAAGGUUAGAAAAGGCAUAUGAUAUGAUUGAGCGAAUGCCUUUCGAGCCAAACCCUUGUGUUUGGGGAGCUUUGCUUAGUUCUUGCAGUGUUCACGGUAAUGUGAGUAUAGGUGAGGCUUCUGCUAAACAUCUCUUUGAACUGGAACCUACAAAUUCUGGGCAAUACAUCCUUCUAUCCUAUAUAUAUGCUUCCAAAGGCAUGUGGACUGAGGUUGAUGCGGUGAGAGAUAUGAUGAAAGCUUUGGGUUUGAGGAAGAGCCCUUGCUGUAGUUGGAUUAAGGUCAAAAAUAAAGUGCACAUGCUUCUUGCCAGAGAUGAAUCACAUCCUCAGAUGACCCAAAUCAUGGAGAAGUUGAAUAAAUAAAUGGAGAUGAAGAAGUCAAGUUACUUUCCACAUACUGACUUUGUGUUGCAAGAUGUGGAGGAGCAGGAUAAGGAGCUGAUGUUGUGUCGGCACAGUGAGAAAUUGGCUGUAGUGCUUGGACUUCUUGAUUCUCCACCAGGAGCUCCACUUCAUGUGAUUAAGAACCCAAGAAUCUGCUUUGAUUGCCAUGUUAUUAUAAAAUUUAUAUCCAAUUUUGAGAGGAGAGACAUAUUUGUUAGAGACACUAAGAGGUUCCAUCAUUUUAAAGAUGGAGUUUGUUCUUGUGGGGAUUAUUGUUGGAAAAAUGUUAUAGCUGACUCACAAAUUUAGCAUCACUCAUUCACUCUUGAAAAGGAGGAAGUGAAUUUGUGAAAUUGAGUCCUUUGGUGAUGUAGGAAAAUUAUGGUUAAAUUAUGA